AUGCCUACUCAAACAAUUUUGGCUUCACGAAGGACGAUUUUGCUCACUACUUUGGUGCGACACGAACAGUUUUUACGGGAAUUUGAUCCCGAGCGAGACUCCAAUGCCGUGGAAAUACGACUUAAUAAAGUCCAGCAGUUGGCAAACGAUUUGGAGAACAUUCAACAACAGCUGGAAGAUGCAUCAACCACUGUUGAAGAAUCCGACUAUAACGACGCGUUGAGGCAGGAUUUCGAGCCACGCUUAAUCUACGUGGAAGGCGAAUUGAAAGCGAAAAUGAAGGAAAUUUCGCGUAAUGAGGCCGCGCAGCAAAAGGCUGGCAACAGCUCCCUGAAGGGAAUAAAAUUGCCCACCAUCACACUCCCGGAAUUCAAUGGUGACUACAUGCAAUGGUUGACCUUUAGGGACACUUUCGAGUGUCUUAUACACGACAACGUAGAUUUGCCCGCCAUACAAAAAUUUCACUACUUGCGUGCAGCGCUGAAGGGUGAAGCGGCGCAAGUUAUCGAGGCGAUUACAAUCAGUGCGGCAAAUUAUGACCAAGCUUGGAAAAUGGUCACUGCCAGAUAUUCCAAUGAAUAUUUGCUAAAAAAACGUCACCUGCAGGCCAUGUUUAGCAUGAAGCCGAUCAGACACGAAGGUGCGUUCACCCUUCAUCAGCUGGUUGACGAAUUUGAGCGCCACAAAAAUACGCUUCACCACUUGGGUGAAGAUACUGACGCUUGGAGCAGUAUUUUGGAGCAUUUAUUGUGCACCAAGCUGCCAACAAUCACGCUCCGUGAUUGGGAAGAGCACGCUUCCAAUGACGAAAAUCCAAGCUACGAGAAUCUUUUUCAUAAUUCGGCACCGCUAGAUCUCAUCCUCGGUGCCCGGCAUUACCACGAAUUCUUUCAAAGUGGGGCACAACAUAAAAUCUCGUCAGGGCUUCCCGUCCUCAUCGAAAGUGUGUUCGGAUGGGCCGUGAGCGGCUCAGCGUCGUAUUUGAAUCCUGCUGAGGAAAACUCGAAUGCAACAUCCAUCGUUUGCAUGAGCACUCUAGAGGAAUCGCUCGAACGAUUCUGGAAUGUAGAAGAGUUGCAGCCUGACUUUAACGUGAAGUUCGGCCAGUCCAAGGCAACAGCAUUGAGACGCUUCGAAUUGCUGGAAAGGAGGCUGGAACGCGAUCCACAACUAAAAGCGGACUAUCAUCAAUUCAUGAAGGAGUACUUGAAUCUCGGUCCCAUGUCGCCGAUAAAUGUUGGUCGGGAAGAGGAACAGGCCUACUAUUUACCACAUCAUCCCGUUUUUAAAUCAUCCAGCUCAACAACGAAACUGAGAGUAGUGUUCGAUGGAUCUGCAAAAAUGAAUUCUGGUUAUUCAUUGAACGAGAUAUUAUGCACCGGUCCUAUCGUGCAAGACGAUCUGCUGGACAUAAUCUUACGAUUCCCCCCGAUGCAGAUUUUCGAACUCAACACCGUUACGUAUGGACUUUCGCCUUCAUCGUUCCUAGCUACGCACACCUUGCUUCAGCUCGCAGAUGAUGAAGGUGCUCACUAUUCGAAUGCACAAGCUGCCCUGAAACGAAACUUUUAUGUAGAUGAUUUCAUUGGUGGUGCCAAUACAGUAGAAGAUACUGUACGUCUUCGCCAGGAGCUAUCGGAUCUGCUUGCGAAAGGUGGAUUCGAAUUGCGCAAGUGGACAUCAAAUCAUCUAGGUGUUCUCAGCGGUUUAAGUGCUGAUCAGAUCGGCACCCAGUCAUCGUUGCAGUUCAUUCCCAAUGAAACGGUGAAAACACUCGGUAUCUCCUGGCAACCAGAAUCUGAUGAGCUGUGUUUUGAUUCGAACGUUUGUGUUGAAUCAACAUCCUCAACGAAGCGAUCCAUACUAUCAGGCAUCGCGAAGAUGUAUGAUUCGCUUGGGCUGAUUGCACCUGUAUUGGUCCGUGCAAAGUUGCUAAUGCAGGAAUUAUGGCUGCUAAAAUCCGGCUGGGAUGAUCCCGUUCCCGAACAGAUCUACAACAAAUGGACAACGAUUAGUGAUGAAUGGCAAUCUCUAGCUACGUAUAAAACUAAUCGUCAUGUUCUUUUACCUGAUUCACAAGUAGAGCUCCACACGUUCACCGAUGCCUCCGAAGCAGCCUACGGAGCCUGUAUCUACGCGAGUUGUGAAAACGAGGAAGGAGAAAUACGGAUCAGCUUACUAGCAUCGAAGUCCCUAUUAGCACCUCUUAAACGCGUCACAUUGCCGAGACUCGAACUCAACGCAGCUGUUUUGGGAGCCCAUCUCCAUCACCGGGUCUUGAAGGCGAUGCAGAUCGAUUGCGUCGAGUCCUUCUUCUGGUCAGAUUCAACUGUAACGCUGAAGUGGAUAGCAUCUCCACCCAAUACGUGGAAAACAUUCGUGGCAAACCGUGUUGCUGAAGUGCAGCGCUUUUCUCAUCCGCGACAAUGGCGACACGUUCCUGGUUCCAGCAAUCCGGCCGACCUGGUCUCUCGCGGCAUGUCGGCAGCGAAUUUCAUCAAAAGUCGACAGUGGCACUCCGGUCCGGAUUGGCUAGCUUUUGCUUCAUCGUCAUGGCCCAGCUCAAAGCCUGAUUCCAUCGACGGAGUGGAUCUAGAAAUCCGGCAGGUGAGUGCAAAUAUCGCUUCCACGUCGACUCAUCCAUGGUUCGAUAUUUCAUCGUCGUAUUCCAGAUUGGUGCGUAUAAUUGGGUACUGUGUACGUUUUACGCGUAGUACUCAACUGAAGGCGCGCACACAACCAUCAUUACACCACAACGUAGCACCACUAAGCAUCACGCCAGAACACUUGGAAGCAGCUAAAACUGUGCUUUGCAGAUUAGCACAGCAGGAUGCCUUCGCUCACGAAAUCAAGCACUUGACAAAGGGAGAAGCCUUAUGGAAGCAGUCAUCGAUACGCAAGUUAAGCCCCUUCAUCGACGAGACGGGCGUAAUACGAGUGGGAGGACGAUUAAAGCUCUCGCAGUUGCCGUACCAAUCGAAACAUCCCGUGGUGCUUCCUAAACAGCAUAAGUUUACCCGUCUCAUGGCUGAACAUUACCACGAACAACUUAUGCAUGCUGGCGGAAGACUUCUACUAUCCCAGAUGAGAGAGCAGUAUUGGCCACUAGACGGACGUCGACUGGUGAAAAGCAUCGUGCUGAAUUGCUUUCGCUGUAUUCGCCAAGAUCCCGCAUUGGCACAGCAACCCAUUGGUCAACUCCCAUCAUCACGCAUUACACCGAGCCGGCCUUUCUCCAUCACUGGAGUGGAUUACGCCGGACCGUUCUACUUAAAGCCUGCGCAUCGAAGGGCCGCAGCUACUAAGAGCUACCUGUGCAUAUUUGUUUGUUUCACCACGAAGGCUGUUCAUCUUGAACUCGUGAGAGACCUCACAACUGCAGGAUUCUUAGCCGCACUACGACGUUUUACUUCGCGCCGCGACCUACCGUCCCACAUCCAUUCCGACAACGGUAAAAAUUUUGAAGGAGCCGAACGCGAGCUCAGGGAGCUUUUUCAGAUGUUCGACGACGAGCAACAACGGAACGUCAUUGUUGCUGAUUGUGCGAAUAAGGGCAUCACGUGGCACUUCACUCCACCGAAAGCUCCAAACUUCGGUGGAUUAUGGGAAGCAGCAGUCAAAACCGCGAAAAGACAUCUCUACCGGCACCUAGGCGGCACGAGGCUGUCUUACGAAGGCUACUGUACCGUGCUUCAACAAAUAGAGGCAGCAAUGAAUUCCCGACCAUUGUUACCACUAUCCGAUGAUCCCGACGAACUAGCUGCACUAACACCGGCACACUUUCUAAUCGGCACAUCGAUGCAUGCUGUUCCUGAGCCGGACUACACUCACCUGAAAUCGUGCACCCUGGAUGAUCUUCAGAAGUGGCAGCUGCUAGUGCAACGUUUUUGGAAACAUUGGGCCACCGAAUACCUACAAGAGAUGCAGAAAAGUUACACACGGCCGGGCAGCAACAACAACAACAUACUUACCGGCAGGUUGGUGAUACUAAUGGACGAAUCUUUACCUACUACUCGUUGGCCUCUAGCACGCAUCAUACACACUCACCCCGGAGAGGAUCAGAUCGUGCGCGUGGUAACACUGAAAACCGCGAAGGGAAUAAUAAAGCGUCCGAUCACGAAAAUUUGCAUCUUGCCGCUGCGCACCGACAACGAGGACAACACAUGCUGA